AUGGAGGGAACUGCAAGGAGCGCCGCAGCUCCCAGUACCAGCGGCCAGGCUAACCUUCCGCCUCAGCCUCCAAAACCCAGCCGAGAAGAAGAGGUCGUUGGUGUCUUGCCUCAAUCCAUUGAUGACGAAGGGGAUCAAGCAGCACUAGUUGAUCUAGUUGUUGAAAAGGAUCUAGUUGUUGAAAAGUUCGUCGGAAUUUGUGGUUUCGGUGGUAUUGGAAAGACAAUUAUUGCCAAGGUUGUAUACAAUCACAUCCUUUUGAACUUCAAGGGGCGUAGUUUUAUUUCAGAUGUUAGAGAACAAGCAAUACAAUGCAAUGGUCUAGUGUCUUUGCAAAAGCGACUUCUUAAAGAUAUUACCAAAAGAGACACUGACAUAGGUGAUUAUCAUAGAGGAAAAUUUUUGAUGAAAGAAAAACUUUGUAAAGAAAAAGUUCUUCUUGUUCUUGACGAUGUGGACACUAAAGGACAGAUAGAUGCUUUGGCUGGUGGACUCAAUUGGUUUGGUAAAGGAAGUAGGGUCAUAAUAACAACCAGAGAUACACAGAUUUUGGAUGUGGCUAAGGUUGAUAAAGAUAAAAUCUACUAUCCUAAAGAGCUGAACUCUAAGGAAUCUCUUCAACUAUUUAGUUUGUAUACAUUUUCAAUGAACCAACCUCCUGAUGAUUAUAGGAAACUUUCAAAACGUGCGGUAUCCUAUUCAGGAGGAUUGCCUUUAGCUAUAGAGGUGUUGGGUUCUUACCUAUCGAGCAUAAGCAGUAAAGAAGUAUGGAGAAGUACAUUAUAA